UCUGUGGGUGAUGUGUUUCUCUGCAUCAACUUGCCGAUCUCGGGGUCCAAAUGCUCCAUUGGCGACCAAAUCACCUGGAUUGGCUGGAGAAUCUCCUUUGACUCAUGGACCGUGGAGUUGCCUGAUGAAAAGAUUCAUCGCAUCCUUGACCAGAUCACCUCGUUGUGCCCGCAGAAGCGGAUCAAAAUCAAGGACCUUGAAUCCAUUAUUGGACGUCUUCUCUGGCUGACUGGCCUUUGGCGCCUGCUGCGUCCCCUGCUCCAGCCACUUUACACUGCCCUUCGCGACAUACCUUGCACCAUUGUGGCUGUGUCGCCGCAGCUGUGGACUCAGGUUUCGCGCUGGGAAUACUGCAAUCUCUUCCCUGGCGACUCUGAUCACCCACUUCGAUGUCUCUCCCCGCCGUCCAUUUCUGCUCUGCAGUCCUGGGCGGCCAUCUUGAGCUCCACACCCUGUGUCUUCAACAUCAAGCAAGCUCCGUUGCUGCAUCUGGUGGCUGAAGCAGAUGCCUUUGCGGAUGAGGUUAAGCAAUUCUUUCCAUCCCUGGAGGGUUCGCUACAGCCUCACAUCUGUGCGCUUGAGCUUCUCGCUCAAUACUGCCUUCUCUGGAUGGCUUCGGAGAUGGUGCCACGGGCACGUCAUCAGCUGACCAUACCCAUGCGCUCCGACAACUCCGGUGCGGAACUUGCAUCAGUGAAAGGGAUGUCUUCAGUCAAGAUCCUGGGUGAGGUCCUCCUUGCAUUUCUUGACUUUCAGCGCAGGAAUGGCUUGCAUGCCUCUGUGGAGCACAUCCCUGGCUACAGGAAUGACCUUGCUGAUGAGCUCAGUCGUCUUCGAGAUGCAGUUUCUCCAUUGACUGAGAAGGAUCGUCUGCAUUCACCUCUACACUUCCUGCUGCGCUCGGCAGGUAGAGUUUGUCGCCCGGAUGCGGCCAAAUGGCCUAAGCCUUGGCGCUGA